AGCUGGCUCGGUCUGCAGUAGCAAGAUGUUGUGGUUACUGAGCCACAUUGACCCACUCUGGGCCUCACUGGUGGGACUCGCGAUCGGGGUUUACUGGUUGCGGAGGAACAUCGAUCCUAAAUAUGAGGAGGCACAGGCUCGAGCCAAGACAGCCUUAGACAGCCUGCGCAUGUGGGCCCAGAAGCACCAUAUCGAACACCAGAUCGACAAGUUGCAGGUAGACUUCAGACACAAACGUUCAGAAGAGGGUCACCCCAUCUUCAAUCUGGCCAUGGUCACGAUCCUGGAUGAUGUUCUGAAGGAGAUCAUGGGUAGAAUGAACGUGGAGUAUACACCCGAGGUCCUGCAGAGCAUGAUUCUUAGGAAUCUCCCACCGUUCUUCAGUAAAACAAGGAUGAAAAUCCUAGAAGAAAACAUGGUUGUUGAUUUGAACCACAACAUCUCUGACUUCAGCACAGAGGUGUUUGGGAUCUUCAGGCACUUUCUGGUCCAAGCUGUCACCGACUGCAUGGUGGACCAAAUUAUAAACGUACAGAAAAACUCCCGGAAGAAACUGACCAAUCGUGUGAAUGAGCUUGCAGAGCUGAUGAUCCAGCAUGAGGUGUUCAUCGACACCAUGGCCAGGGAUGAGUGGCUGUUGAACGGGAGCAGGAACAGGCAAGAGGAGGAAGAAGACCAGGUGUACCAGACACCAGAGGGGAGAGAGGCGGUUUACCGGAGGAUGAGGAAAGCAUUGAACCAAAAGAUGAAGGACAUCUUUAAAGACCUGAACAAGAUUUUGGGACAUAUGAAGCAGGCCCACAAAAAUUGCCGUCCGGUGAACUACUAUUGCACUGAACUUUCAGACCCGAAACAGGAACAAUUCCAACCUCCGUCAACAGAUUUCGACUUGGAUGUCCAAGCCCUGGUUGAAGAAUAUGAAAUCUUUAAGUAGAAAGUAAACCAGGGAACCAGGGCUAUCCCCACAAAUAAAAUAGCCGAAGUAAAAAAUUAUCUUAUUAUACAAACUGGAACAGUGUAACACAAUCCAACAAUUUAAAAAACUGCAGUAAUUCCCUGAUGAAAACCUUAACAAACAUAACUGAGAAAUGCACUAGGAUAUUAAACAGAGAAAUAAAUAAAUAGACAAAUAAACCACACAUAAACAGUAUAUAUAUAUAUAUUUUUAUUAUUAAAUCAUUACAUGUUGUUAGUUUGUUAAUUCCAUUGCAUUGCACCCAUAACAGUGUUUCUUAAUCACUUUAAUCUUUGUCAAAUGUCUUAAUCAGGAUCUUUAUUCUUUUUCCACCAUGUGCACUUUUCAGACUAUUGUUAUUUCAGACUAUUGUUAUUUCAGACUAUUGUUAUUAUGAAUAUAUAGUCUUAUGAUUGGUAAAAUAGGAUUGAUAGAGACAUGGAGGAGGUGGGACAAUUCGAGAGCCUUUGCAUAUGGCAGAUGAAUGAGCAAGAGGGAUUAAGAAGCGGUUUACAUGUAUAUGGAUCUUUUUUGAAAAAGGCGUUGGUUUUGGCCGUACACAGAGUUUAAAAAUCUGCUUAUCAAAAAUCCGGAUUGAAAAUUAUCCCAUUCAGGGGGCUAAAACGCACCUGUUACAAUUGAGUUUUUCUUUUUAUCCACAUGUUGCGUUUACACCUUAAGGGCGCGAUCACACAGACCGCGGAUUUUACAGUAGGAGGCGGAUGUGUUCUAUUGUUUGUCAAAGAAAAUGAGCAGAUUACGCGUCUAAUAUCAGCGCAAUUCGGGUUGCAGAUUCUGCGCCUCUCCGCGCCGGGCGGAUUGAGUUGAAAAAAGUUCAACUCAAGGCGGAAAACCCGCGGAAGAUUUCUAGAUGUUUGAUAGGAGACCGUAAUCAAAAUUCAUAUCAGAUUCUCUAUCCAACGUUAGGGGAGCAAGAAAAGAGCUUGUCUUCUAUUCAUUUUACAUAGAUGAAUGGAUAAAGCAUUUUGUGUAUGUUUUCAUAACAUUUAACGACAUAACACCAUCAAUUAGGCUACGUUGCGAGUGACAGUUGAGUCGUUACGUUGCCUAGUCACCGCAUUCGAAUAGGCAGUGGAUCCGCGCUUGGUGUGGUCACUUCUGAUUAAUCAGCUGGAUGCGCAUCGCAGAUUGUAGGCAGAAAUCCGCGGUCUGUGUGAUCGCGCCCUAACAGGAUAAAAAAUAUCCACAUUUAAAAAUAUCCAGAUACGUGUAAAUAGCAGCUGAAGCUCUGAGAAAGCCGGACUAGAAGGCCAGCCAUCAAUCACUCCUCGUUCUCCUCCAAUUUAACAAAACAAAAUUUGGUGUAACUGAUUUUGUGAUGUAGGCUACAGUUCAUCAUAUGAAGAGUCAUGAAAGCAUUAUCAUUAAGCAUUAUCAUUAAGCAUUAUCAUUAUCACCAUCCAUAUUAAGUAUUAUUAUCACUUCAUUUUCAAUGUUGUGAAUUCGUAUCAUUUAUCAAUCAGUGCUGAUCAAAUUCACAACAUAGUGUGCCUUUGCUGUAUGAGCUAUCAGUUACCAUCUUUGUAUUUUGUCACAGACACUGUAUGUCACAUAAAUGGCAUACAACUUUUAAAAACAAAUGAAUGUCUGCCUGUCUUUGUACAUGAAUUUGAAUAUACCAUUAAAGUUUGCAUGCACAGCUUGCUGUCCUGGUAGCAAUAGAAAUACUAAACAAUACAACACAAAAGUCAAGCCAGUGCAACAGUGAUUUAUAAUUUCGUUGGUACGUAUGCUAAUUUAAUAGUUAAAGCAUGCACACAAACAAGAAUGGUGAGUACAAACAAUACAUUAUUCUCCUUGCAGUACCGUAUAUAUUUUGAAUGAUGAAGCAAGCAAGCUUCUGUUACAGUGGCAUAGUAUUGUCUUUGCCAUAACUGAAUGUUGUCUUUGCCAUAACCGAAGGUCAUUUAAGGCCAAGAG